AUGUCGAUUCACUGGAGUGAUGAGUUUGGCUUCGAGCUUUGGCUGCUCACCAAAGAAAGCCAAUGGAUUGAUCCCUGCUUGCGUCACAUGGCUACUGGUGUCGCGGGUCAGUACGGAUUGCUGGUGGUGAGGCUGCCAGCGGCAGAAGCAACCUUACUUCUUCAGCUCUAUCCUGAAGACUUGGGCAAAAGACUAUAUUUCUACGAUAUUUUGACCAAACUGCAGGUGGUGUUGAGCGGGCAGUUUCCAGUGACGAUGAAUCUGGCAGAGUUCCUGCGAUAUCACCUUGGUCUCACUGGAACCAAGAUUGGUUGUGGAGAGGCGAGUGGCACUGGAACUGGCUGGCUGUUGGAGCUCGAGACCAUCUCAAAAGAGAAGGUUCAGUUGGCAGCUGUAGUGAAGCAUUUGAAGUUAGUGGCACAUCCACAGGUGAGGGACGUGGCCAGCUGGGCUGGAAACGUGAUGAUAGCCAAGACCCAUCCGGAUUUCCCCAGUGACAUUUGCUUGUUGCUCAGCACUUUGGGGGCGAAGCUCACCUUGAUGAAUGCCUCCAAAAAGACAGAGGUGGUGGAGAUCAUUUCGUUCCUGUCAGAUUCAAGCUUACCACGUCAGGACCAAGCUCAGAUCAUCCAUAGUGUCACUAUUCCUUUUCCAGGCCCUGACAAUUUCUUGGACACAUUCAAAGUGAUGCGUCGGCACAUGAACACUCAUGCAGAGGUCAAUGCAGGCUUCCUUUUCCAAUUCAAUGGUGGCGCAGAGGUUGCCAGCACCAGGCUGGUGAUUGGCAACAUCGAGCACAAGCCAUUUGUGGCAACAGAGACAUCCAAGGCCUUGCUGGGGAAGAGCCUGGACUCUGCGACGAUCUCAGCAGCCUCGAAAGUCCUGGAGCAAGAAUUGAAGGCCCAUCUCAUGGAGCCAACAGUUCCCGAGCCACCAUUUGUGGUGGUCGAUCCUCAAUAUCGUCUUAGUUUGGCUACGCAGCUCUUUGUGAAGGCGGCGCUCCGUGCGCGAAUGAAUCGCUUGGGCAGCCAAGCGCUCUCUGCCGAUGAACGCUCCGCAGCAGAGGAACCUCAACGCCCGGCCAGCUGCGGAGCACAGCACUUCACUGUCGAUCAUUCUACUGCCCCUGUGGGGCAGCCGAUGGAGAAGUUCCAGGGCUUGGACCAAGCCUGUGGCACCGCCCAGUUCGUGGCAGACACGCCUUUGCUGCCUCGAACUCUUUUUGCUGUGCCUAUCCUGGCGGAGCGCGUGGCUCUCCUGCAGCGCAUUGAUGCGGCUGACUGCCUGGAGGUCACAGGUGUUCACUCCUUUAUCUCUGCGGCUGAUGUGAAAGAUGUGGGAGCUUCCAAUGACCUGAAGACCACCUACCCGGGCAAGAUCUUCGCUGAUGCUGCAGAGAAGACUUCACACUUGGGCCAGUUCAUUGGCCUUGUCCUGGCAGAAAGCUUCGAGGCAGCACGUUCUGGUGCCCGGCUCGUCCAUGUGGACUAUGAGGAAAGCUCAGAAGUGACGACUACCAUAGAUGCAGCCGUCCAGAGAGGUGCAGUGAAGGAGCGACACGGCCUCUUGAGCGUGGGAGCGAAGGUCACUGGCUCACAGACGCUGCAAGGGCGACUGGUAUCUUCGGGGCAGAAGCACUUGUACUUGGAGACACAGACAACCUAUGCAUAUCAUGAUUGCAACGGAGGUUUGGUCUUCAACACGGCCUGCCAAACGUUGGAUUGGGCGCAGACUCAGAUGGCAAAGACCCUCAACAUGCCCAAGAGCAAGAUCACUGUGCAGAACCAACGCCUCGGUGGUGCAUAUGGUGGAAAGGCAAUGCUUUUUGCUCCUGUCUGUGGGGCUUGCGGUGUGGCCGUGCUGAAAAGCAAGCGCCCGGUUCUGCUACAGAUGGACAGGACUUUGGACUUUCGUGCCUUUGGUGGCCGAGCUCCCUUUGAUGCCUCGUGGGAUCUCAGCCAUGAGAAUGGGAAGAUUGUGAGCCUCAAACAGGAAGUGCUGCAGAACGUGGGAACGGACAUGUUGGGCUUCUCCCAAGCGUCCAGUGUGAAUUGCUACAACAUCCCCCACGCGCAACUUCACUGCAAAGGUGUCAUCACAAACCUGCCAGUGAACACCUGGAUGCGAGCGCCUGGUGACUUCGAAGGAGCUUUCAUCAUGGAGGCCAUCAUGGAGCAGGUGGCACGAGCUGUGGGCCGAGAUCCUGUAGAAGUGCAGGAACUGAACUUAGCCGAAGGCAUGCAGAAGGCUUGGCAAAGAUUGAAGGCAAAGGUUGCUUAUGAGGAGACCCGAAAAGCAGUGAAGGACUUUAACAGCCAGAGCCGCUACCGGAAGAAAGGCCUGUAUUGUAUGGGAUCCCGCUAUCAGUUGGAGCCAAACACCUUCAUGGAGAAGUGCUUCCUCAGGGUCCAUGAUGAUGGUUCGGUACUUCUGGAGCACACUGGCCUCGAGGUGGGUCAAGGCAUUGACACCAAAGCACUUCAAGCUUGCACCAUGGCAUUGCGGAAGAUUGCGGAAGACUUCCAGAUGGAUCAGAUUCAGCUUCGGCUUCCAAAAACCACUGGAGACUUCAGCUGGCGAGGUGUCAUGGGCACCUUCAGCAGUGUGACAUCUGAAACUGUUGUUAGUGCUAUCCUCGAUGCCUGUGCCAAGCUCCAGAAGGAGCUGCAGAAAUGGAUAGCGCCUGGCCGCGGCUGGACAGAGGUCAUCUCCUUGGCUACCAAAGGUGGUGCCCAACUCUCACAGGCCGGUGUCACGGAUCAAGCUGCUAUGGAGAAGUACAGUCUCUUCAGCGCAGGUUGUGCCCAGGUAGAGAUCGAUGUCUUGACGGGUGAGACACAAGUGAACUCCUUCGACUUGGUCUACGACUCUGGAAAGAGCCUGAACCCGGCGGUGGACAUUGGCCAGAUUGAGGGCAGCCUCAUUCAAGCCUUGGGCUUCUCACUCUUGGAGGAGGAAACCCGCGGCAAGGAUGGACGCCUCGUCAAUUGUGGCACCUGGGACUACAAGGUACCAAGCGGGAAUGAUAUCCCAGUACGUCUCGAUGUGGAGCUGUUGCCUUGCCAGACGCCUUCAGCACCUGUUCUGGGAUCCAAAGCUUCCGGUGAGCCUGCACAGCUGCUGGGAGGUGCCUUCUUCUUCGCAGUGAAGGAUGCUAUUGGCUAUGCUCGCGAAGAGCAGGGCCUCUCCCGCAACUUCCGCUUGGACCCCCCGGCUUCGCCCGCCAGGCAGAUGUCGCAAGCAUUGAGAUGUGAGCUAGCAAAUGCAUUAGCCGGUGAGUAUCGUGAGCAAGUUGAAGCCUUGAAGAAGGAAAAGGAUGCUGUGCAGAGCGAGGCCGACAAGAUACGGAAGUCUGCGGACAAGGCAAAUGCAGAUGUCCAAGAGGCACGGUCUGCAUUGGAGUCCAAGGUGAAGGAGGUGGAGCGGCUGAAGAGCUCUGUGCAAAAGGCAGAGAGAGAAGCUUUAGAGUGGAAAGCCGCUGCCGAGCAACGAGCACAGGAGGUGAAGGAGGUUCUGGUGGUCCAAGCAAAAAAGGAUACCUCCGAACUGGUGAAAAAGAAGGAAGAGGUUACGCAGGCCAAGAAGUCCACAGAUGAGGCCAUCAAGAAGCUGGAAGAUGCCAAGAAGCAGCUUGCAGAGGCCAGUGGCAAAGUCAGCGAGGCAGAGGCUCGCGCCAGUGCUGCAGAGAAAGCUGCGGCCUCUGCAAAAGACCGUGCUACUGCAGCAGAGCAGAAGCUUGAGAGUGUCAAGCAAACAGUUCGCUCAGAGGCUCAGCAAGAUGCCUCUAGAUUGGUGAAGACUGCCGAGCAGGAACGUCAAAGGGUGCAAGAAGCGCUGGAUCUUGCCAUGACGGAGGCCAGAGAGUUGCGAGCGAGCAUGAAGCUCGAGAGCGAACAGGCGGAGACAAAGACCAACUCGCUUGAAGCAGAUUUGGAGAGCCGUACUCAGGAGCUGCAGAGAAAAGACUUGUUGCUGGAUGAAGCAAAAGCUCAGCUACGUGUCUUAAAGCAGGAAUCUGAAGCUACUGAGAAGAGGCUGCGUGAUGAGCUGCAAGAACAAGUUGAGUCCUUGCGACAAGAACAAGAGCAUGAGGCGCAGCAGCUGCAAACACAGCUGGCAGAGGCCCGGACAAAGGCCGAUGACUUCCGCCAAGAGUCGGAGCGCAUCAUUGAAGAGGAGAACGGGGAAGGGUGA